AUGUCCAGCUGGAACCCGGACGUGUACCGGACGUUUUCCCCCUCGGACUGCCACUGGAGCCUGUGCCGCGAUUUUAUUGACCGCCACCGGCACCUGUUUCCCGAAGAACAAGUGGUCGCUCUGGCGCACAGUUAUGCCAGCUCCCAGCUGCAGAUGGCCGGUGAGGCGGACCAGAUAAGCCGGCUCGUGCCUGGUCAACUACCGGCGGGAACGGAGCCUGUUCCAACAGGAAAGGAGGAGAGAAGCUGCUGGGAAAGGGAGGCCGAACCAGAAUUCCGACAGUCGAGUUGGGUUCUCGAGUCCGAAAUCGCCAAAAUGACCUAUCUGAAGCCGGUUCAGGUACUGCGGACAAGGGAUGAGAUUUAUCGCAGCUUGGUGCUCGUUGAUAGUGACUUUGACAAAACUCAGCUCGAAUUUGACCGGCUGGGACUGGGACGUUUGGUGGUCAUUGAUCACGUAUCCGACUUAGGCCACUGUCGAGCGGUUAUUGCUGUAAAGACAAGUGAGAAGCAAUUUUCACUGUCUGUAGCUUUGGGCUCCACUGUAAAGAAGGCUAAGCAAAAAGUGAAGAAAGCAUUUCUGAAAGAGAUGAAACAAGUUUGCUAUCAGAUUGUGUCAAAGAAUCCAUUUCAUCAUCCCGGAAACGAAAUCACUCGCCGAGAAGACCCUGCCAAACAAAUCGAAUAUUACAGGUCGAUCAUGGAAACUUUUUCAAAGCUGCCCAUAAAGCAAGACCUGACUUUUAGCAAAGAGUUUUCUCAGGUAGAGCGCGAGGAGUUGAAGAGGAUUGCUCUCGAACUGAACCUGACUACAUGCAUCGUGGGUCCGAAGAAAAACCGAAAGCUGAAAAUCAUGGGUCGAACCAUUCCUGCCCUGGCCGUCGUCGAGCGCAUCGUUGUCCACAAAGACCCCGAGCUGUGCGAGCUGUACAGUGUGGUCACGCCGAGCGUGGUGCUCAGUGGCAGCUCGUGAACCUGGAUUCCUGAAUUCAUUGUUUUUUGCUGUUUUUUUUAAUUCGUUGUAUUUAUCAGUCAGGAUUUGAUAUUUUUUUAAUGGAAUAAAUGCAGAACUAACAUUGAA